AGCAUGUACACAUGACGGGAGAGAGAGAGCCCUCUCCGGGGGUUUCGGGCCGUGUGCACAUCGUGCCCCUAUUUAGGUGGGGUCCCGCGGGCGCGAGCGAAUUCCUUCGUCCCACUGCUGGUGUCGGAGAGCAACAAGUGGUCCCUCUGCUGCCCCGACUUCCCAACAGAUACCGCCAUGACCAAAGUAGGACUGUUGGAGCGCCUCGACAAGAGCGUCGUGAUCGGCGAUGGCGGCUUCGUGUUCGCCCUUGAGAAGAGGGGCUACGUCAAGGCCGGCCCCUGGACUCCCGAGGCGGCCGUCGAGCACCCGGAGGCCGUCAGGCAACUUCACCGAGAGUUCCUGCGCUCGGGCUCGGACGUGAUGCAGGCGUUCACCUUCUACGCCAGCGACGACAAGCUCAUCAACCGCGGCAACCUGGCCGGCAAGAACUUGACGGGUGCUGACAUCAACGCGGCGGCCUGCAGUUUGGCUCUGGAGGUGGCCAAGGAAAAGAACGCUCUCGUGGCAGGUGGCAUCUCGCAGACGCCCUCUUACCUCACGGGUCGUCCGAAGGCCGAAGUCCAGGACGUGUUUCGCAAGCAGGUCGACGUCUUCGUCAAGAACGAACUUGACUUUCUUAUCUGCGAGUACUUCGAACACGUCGAAGAGAUGGAGAUGGCCAUCGAGGUGUGCAAAAAGACGGGGCUUCCGGUGGUUGCCACCAUGUGCAUCGGACCCGAAGGAGACAUGCACGGCGUUUCAACCGGCGAUUGCGCAGUGCGCAUGGUCAAAGCUGGCGCUGAUGUUGUGGGCAUCAACUGCCACUUCGACCCAUUCGUGGUGCUCGAAGGCGUGCAGCUCAUGAUCGAUGCCGUGCGCGAUGCUGGGCUCAAGGCGCACUUCGUCACGCAGCCUCUCGCAUACCACACACCCGACGCCGGCAAGCAGGGAUUCAUCGACCUCCCGGAGUUCCCAUUCGCCUUGGAGCCCCGCGUGUGCACACGUUGGGACAUCCAGCGCUACGCGCGCGAGGCCUACGAAAUGGGCGUGCGCUACAUCGGUGGCUGCUGCGGCUUCGAGCCGUACCACGUUCGCGCCAUCGCCGAGGAACUGUCAGCGGAGCGCGGCGGUGUGCUGCCCGACGCCUCGCAGAAGCAUGACGCCUGGGGAGAGGGUCUGCGCAUGCACACCAAGCCCUGGGUGCGAGCACGAGCGUCGCGCCAUUACUGGGAGAGCCUGAGGCCGUCCACGGGUCGGCCUUUCUCGUGCGCCUUCUCGCGACCGGACAACUGGGGCGUCACGGCUGGCAACGAGGAGCUGAAGCAACAGAAGGAGGCCACCUCGACCGAGGAGAUUAAGAAGCUGCAGAAUCUGAAGAAGUGAAACGACGCCCCCCGCUACCCUCUUCCUAUUGCUGCUCGAUACCAAAGCAGAAAUUAAUCAAUGUCCUCCGUGAGGAGCAAACCUUUUUUUAACAUGAAUAAAAA